AGCUAAGUUGGCAACAGUGAUUGCAAUGGUAUCCAACACGAUGGCACUCAGUGGUCACAAGGAUAAGGCAACAUCCGAGGCUGCCGUAGAUGAUGACGACUACACAUCAGCCAUAUCCCACUUGACGAUUGGCGUACAAAUCCAGGAGCUAUCGAAACGUUUACAAAACACCACAGAGGAGUUGCAUCAACAGGUACGGGACAAGCAUGGAGCAUUAUUGCAGCAGGCAACACACGCCGGUCGUUUCGAUGCUGCACUUAAUACGCUAACGGAGGAUGUGCAGCGCGUACGCGCCACAGGACAUCGUCUUAAGAGCCAAGUGGACACCCAAUACCAACUGGUGGAGAACCAAACCCAGGUGCUUGGCCGGCUGCAUGAUGUGUCGCAUCUGUUGCGCUCGGCAGGCACAUUGCUUACGUUGACUGCCAAAUUGAAGAAUACCAAGGAUGUAUUAAGACAGGCAGAGCUGCAUUUUGAGCUGGGUCAGUUGAUAGAAGACAAGGAGCUUAAGGACAUUGAUUUUAUACAAGAAGAGCGCGCCUACGUGAUUAGUUCCGGCCAGAAAAUACGUAAUCUAACACAAAUGCAGUUGGUCACUGGACUCCAGGAGCGCAACCAAACGCAGGUGGUCAAUGCACUCAAGAUUUUUAUGAACUUCAACACGCUGGAGAAAUCGCUGGACAAUCUGCUGACCACAUUUAUAGCCGACAUGGAGCAGUCGCUCAAGGAAUGCUUUGCAGGCACAGACAUAUCUGUGCUUAAUAAAGCCGAUGCCAUGCGCUCACCCACCCAUGGAGCAAGUAGCUCAGCCAAGUCGAAUUCACGAGGUCCCGGCAAAGCGCCUCAGUUAACAACGACGCAAAACUUUCGAGCCAAGUUCUGGAAAUCCUUGCACUGGCUGCUCUACGAUGAGCUCUACGAGAGUUGCACACAAAUCAAGUUGCUGAAAACGGCGUUAGAGCAAAUCAAUCAGUUUGGUUAUACGUCCGAGUCAUCGGAUCAAUGCAUUCCACAACGCUUCUGGCAGCGUGUCCAGCAGUUGCUGCGCAAAUCCUUUGACGAGUGUUCGCAGCAUGUGAAUCAAACAUUGCAGGAAGGUCUCUCCAAGCUGCUUACCUCGGCACGUGGCUUGGAGCAGCGGCUGAACAAUGAAUUUCAGUUUGACAAUGAACUUUUUGCUCCUUUGGAGGUGGGCUACGUUAGUAAAUGCGCUGCCAACAUGAAGGCUUGCUUGGCCGGAGUUGAAUUGCCCGGCAACGAGACGGUCGACAACUUUAUAAGAGUGGCAUCCACUGAGUUGAGUGCAGCUCUCAUUGACAGCCGUCUCAGCACUGCGAUUGCAAGUGUGUUUGUUGUCUGCGGCAAGGAGUUGUGCACCAAGCUGGAGGCCCAAAUUAAACUGGGCGCUGACUCCAAGCAAGUUGUGGACAUGCCCAAUAUGCAGCAACAGCAGAAUACACAGCUGGCCAAUGUGUUGUACUACUACAAAGAUUCGGUGCGUCGCAUGCUCAGAGAUCUGCAGUUGCAGUUUGAGAAGACAAGCGGUGGAGCCAGUGGGAGCAUAGCUCGUUCAUUAGAGCAGGCGGAUUUGUUGAUUGGCACUAUUUUACAACAAAUUAUGGAAUCGAUUAUAACGACCAUAAGCAUCAUCAUACUGAGCAUGCAUCGUGAGCCAGGCUUGAACACGGAUAGACUGUCCACAACAGGACCAUCCAUGUACAUGAAGGAGCUGCAGGAAUUUGUUAGCCGCUCCUGGUCGCAUCACAUAGAGCUGUUUGAUGACAAGGAGCUGACCAGUAAGUGUGGCCAAGAGCUGGCCAAGCGUUGCAUUGAGCUCUUUCUUCACAAUCUUUGCAUUUUGAGGCCAUUGAGUGGCGCGGGCAGACAACGCCUAAAGCAGGAUUGUCAACACAUGGAGCAGGCGUUGAAGCCACUGUGUCCCAAUCUUGCGGAACUGGGAAAACCGUCCCGAUUAUUGCGUGCAAUGUCCCUGUUGAUUGUGCAGAGUUCCAAGGACCUGGUAAACCAAACAGUUGGCCCAGAUUCCUUGGUGCCCAGCUACAUAGUGCUGCUGCUUCUGUUUGGUCAUGCCGGUGCAGAUCUACAGUCACCGCACACCACAGCAAAUUGGUCAAACGAGCGUUUAAUUGAAUGGCUGGAUGGACACACGGCAGAACGUGAGAAAUUAGAGCUGAUAUCGGGCGCGCUUCAGAGAUAUCGCGAUAAUGCCAGACGCAAGAAUAUUCAACAAUACGAUGAGGUAUAUCCCAUGAUGGUGGAUUACUUUGAGCAGGCCUUAAAGGCAAUCGCCUAAUUAAAUUAUCCAAGAAAUUCCAUCUAUUCAAAUAAAUAUUCAAAAUCAA